UAGGCGGGAGGCAUAUGUGGAGUGGAGAGCUUGGGAGACUACGGGUAGUGGGUGACGGGGUGGGUUAAGGGGAAGCUGAGGAGCUACUGGUGCGGGUGCGACUGGUUGUGGGGGUGGCACGCGCGAAUCGACGCACCGCGUCCUACGAUACCUGAUUCAUAACCAACCUGCGACGCUCCUCAUUCAAAAGGAGCUCGUGAACGAGCACAAGAAUAUCGCACAGACUUCUGCAGGGUCUGAGCUAACACGAGUUCUGAACGAGCAGCGAGAGCGCCACGAAGAAGUAAUGGUUCAGUUGCGCAAAGAUAUGGAGGCAGCGAUCCGAGAUAAGGACCUCGAAACGAAGGAGGAACUUAAAGAGGAGAUUCGGAGUAAGCACUACCAAAUUCUGAAGUUGCAGGGCGAAAAGGACCGGCUGGAGGCAGAGUUCAAAGCCGCGAAGGAGAGGCUCGAGGCUCGGAUCAGCGCAAUGGAAGAGAAGCACCGCGAGCAAGGAACAGCUGGAGAUGGAGAGAAAAGAGAGGGAAAAACUGGCCGUCGAACAGGAACAGAAGGAACAACGGUUACGUCGCCUGGAGGAGGACAAUGCCAGAGCUCAGGAAAUGGAGCGCCUUGACAGCGUCCGUGAACUGGAUAGACUUGCUGCUGUUCGUGUGGAGCUACAGCAAGAGUUUCGCAAGGAAGAGCAGC